UUUGAAGGUUAUGGUGAUUACUCAGAUGAGAAGUUGAUGUUGGCGGAAAAAUGUGGAAGUGGAUAUUGUGUUGUCAAUUUUAUGUGUUUGCACUGAUAACAAAAACUGUUUUCAGUGAACAACUGCGAAACAGCAUAGAUCUAGCGGAAUGCCCAACCGGGACAAUUUGCGUACCUCCGUUGAGAUGUACAACUAUGAUGGAUUGGACCGUUUCGGGGGCGCCAAUGGCGCCAAAUCUAGUGGAGCACCAGAUGUAUCCUCACCGCCGUUGCCCCAUUAGCGCCAAGUUCGAGGGCAUCUGCUGUCGGACGCCGCUUGGUAGACAUAGUAAAAUCAAUAGCGCCAUGAGUGAUGCCGUGAAUAUUUCCUCGCACGUUGAACAUCGCAUCGCUUGGAGAGUUUGGCCAACCGAAAACGACAAUGGCCAGAGUGGUCGUAAAAUCUAUGAGAAAUCCAUUCCUUCUUACGACCAUUUGGACGGCUUGAACGCGACAUUGACAACACAGAAAGCGCACAUCCGCACAAAGCGAUGUAUCGUUGGAUUGGGAUGCAAAAACAAGCACCCACGCUAUCGCCGGUAUGAUGGCCGCUGCAACAACAUUGACCCUGGAAAAUCACUCUGGGGUUCGGCGGGUUAUCCCAUGGAACGCAUUCUACCACCCGCGUACGAGAACCAUGUCUGGUCACCAAGAGUUCAAUCAACAACGGGUCUGCCUCUGCCAAGUGCUCGGAGUAUUUCGACGCUACUGUUCCCGGACCUGUACGUUCCCCAUGGGAAGUAUAACGUUUUAAUGAUGCAAUUCGGUCAGUUUGUGGUACAUGAUAUCACCAAAAAUAAACCAUUCUCCACCGAGGUGAGGUGCUGCCAUGCGGACGGGAGUCACAAGUUACCCAAUCAGCAUCGGGCUUGUUUCCCAAUUGAGGUGCCGCACGAUGAUCCGUUUUACGCCCAAUUCGGUGUAACCUGUUUGGAUUUUGUGCGAACGGGGAUUGCUUCCAAGCGGGACUGUCCGAUCGGGCAUGGUCGGCAAAUAUCUGCUAUUACACACUUCAUCGACGGAUCCGGAAUCUAUGGGAGUUCGACUAGAAAAGCUCAUGAGCUCAGGACUCACCAUGGUGGCCGACUUAAGUCAUUGAAACAUGCUCACAUCGUUAGCAAUGAAUUGCCGCCACUUGCAAAGAGAGAAGGAGUGUGCGCCGGUAAAGCGGAAAUGUGUUUUGAGGUUGGCGAUAGCCGAGUGAACCAGAUAGUAACGCUAACCGCACUUCAUACUUUAUUCUUACGGGAGCACAACCGUAUUGCUGAUAUUUUGCAGAGUUUGAACCCUCACUGGAAUGAUGAAACGAUAUUCCAGGAAGCACGACGAAUAGUUAUCGCCGAAUUGCAACAUAUCGUUUUCAACGAGUAUUUACCGAAAGUGUUGAUGGACAAAUAUGGUUUGCACUGUUCCAUAGGCUAUAGUGAUUUUUAUGAUCCUCAGAUAAACCCAUCAGUGACGAGCGAAUUCACCUCGGCUGCCUUUCGGUUUGGUCACUCAACUGUUCCUAGCCAACUAGUAUUUUCCAGCGGUAUGGUGGAAACACAUGAGACCUUUUUCGAUCCAACGGCACUUCGAUCACCAACGUUCUUUGACGAACUGUUCCACGGAAUAUCUCUGCAACCAAUGCAGAAUAUAGAUGACAUGUUCAGUAGUAGCGUGACCAAUUUCCUGAACCCCAAAGAAGGACAACCGUUCGGACAAGACUUGGUGUCAAUUAACAUCCAACGUGGACGGGACCACGCGGUUCAACCUUACAACCACUAUUUGCAGCUGAAUGGCAACCAGAUGAAGAAGAAUUUCUGGGAAUUUGGUCCGGUGCUUGGUACGAAACUCGCCCAGCUAUACCCAUCGCCAGAUGACGUCGAUUUAUACGUGGGAGGAAUCCUCGAGUCACCUGUCCAGGGAGGAAUCGUUGGGGGAACGUUUGCAGAGAUAAUCGCUGACCAGUUCGGGAGGUUGAAGGGAGGGGAUCGAUAUUUCUACAGUAACGGACCGUCGGCCAACCCAGGUCAUUUCAGUAUGCCCCAGCUGGAGGAAGUGCAGAAAGUCACGCUGGCUUCGGUGCUGUGCGCCAAUGCUAACGACAAGGAAUCGUUUGAAAUUCAGCCGGAUGCGUUUUCUCUGCCUCAUCGCGACAAUCCAGUAGUAUUGUGCCUAUCGGAUCAAAUACCCAAGUUGGGUUUCAACUGGUGGAAGGAUUGAUAAACACUGGUUGUAUGCAUGUUAAAUACUAUGUUUUUGAUUAAUAAUUUUGGCUCAAAG